AUGACUGACGGCACUGCUAACGAGGGCACGCGUCCGUCCAAGCGACCGCGUUUGUCCGUUCCAAAUGGCUUUGAUGUCGGUCCUAGUCAGCCUGCGAGGAAACCACUCAAGCGACAACCGGCGCCCGUGAUUUCGUCCUUUGACGACCCUUUCGCCCCACCAAAGCCAGGUCCAAAGCCACGUAUCAGCAAUGCUGCAUCCCGCCCAUUGUUUCAGCCUGUGCAAGACCCACCAGGCGUGCGGGAUGCAAAGGGCAAGACGUCCACGGCGCACAUGAAGGUGAUGAAGCCUCCAUCCAUACAGGCACCUCAAGUACAGGAUUCACUUUCUACCAGCGAGCACCGCAUGCGCCGCAUCUCCUGUGACCUCCGUCUGCCGACCGCGCCCAAUGCUCCAUCUACUUCUACACCCACUCCCCUCCGGAACCUUGCGCACAUCGCUCCCGUCCUCUACACGAAACCAUCACGUAGCAAUCUACACGCUCUACCCGCCCCGGUCCUCCUCAAACCGCCCGCCCCGAGCGGCGUACCCAUCACAUCGCUGAACGACAUGGAUGCGAUUGUGAGCCUCCUCCAGGAGAACAACCACGAAGCGAUACCGGACGAGACGACGCACCUCAUCCACGGCAGCCCAACGAAGAAGAAAUUCCUCCGAGGCCGCCUCGCCGACCGCGCUAGUCACAUCCUCGCCCGUUCGCAAACCUCGACCGCUCUCUUCCUCAAAGACCCCCAACACAUCCGGCCCGACCUGUGCGUCCGCAUCCUCCGCCCCGUGCACUUCACGCACGCGCCCACGCGCGCCCAUACCCUCCACUCCGCGCUGAUCCUGUGCAACACGCGCACGGACUCGGAGGACACGCAGCUGUUCUCCUUCCUCGUCAACGGUGACGGUCAGGAGGGCGACUUUCGGGAGGGAAGGGAGGUGCACGUCUGGCGGCCGUGGUUCCCUGUCGCGCUUGGCGAGCCUGGGACGGAGGCGCUGUUGUGUUCGCGGUUUUUGGUGCUUCCUGCUUGUCCCUAA